AUGCCGCACGUACCACAAAGUUUACAUCGUCUUCGCGACAAAGUCACCCGCAAACCUGGGGAACAGGCUCAUAUCGUAGCACCAUAUCUGGAUUCUAAUUUACCAGCCGAGCCUGGGCAUGAGGUCGAUUCAUAUCUCUUCAAGAACUUGAGAUGUCGAGACGAUAUCUUCUGUGAAGCAGAAUGUCACGACUUUUUUGCCCAUGAAGGAGCAGUUCUGUUUUGUCAACCCGAGUUCAACAUCAUGUUUGAACUUGCCAUCGUGAAGCUUCGUCUUGGAAUGAUGGCUGCCGCUAAAUCAGCGGGGACGUAUGUUGCCUUAUCACCGAAUAAUGGGCCUCGUGGCGAGGAAUGGUAUUAUGAAAUUUGGGUCACUCCAACCUGGCGUCACUCGAAGCUAGCAAGUCUUACAUCGCAUGAACUCUUGAAGUACUGA